UUUCUGUAUAGAUCACCUCUAACCACAUCUACUCUGACACCAUGUGCUGUUCUCCUUGUUGCCAGCCUACCUGCUGCAGGCCCAACUGCUGUGGGUCAAGCUGCUGUCAACCUUGCUGUCCCCAAAUGUGCUGUCAGACCACUUGCUGCAGGACUACUUGUUGCAAACCAACUUGCAUAACCAGCUGUUGCCAGCCUUGCUGCCAGCCUUCCUGCUGCUGUAAACCCUGCUGCCAGCCUUGUUGUCCCCCAACUUGCUGCCAAACCACCUGCUGCAGGACCACCUGCUGCAAACCAACAUGCAUAACCAGCUGUUGCCAGCCUUGCUGCCAGCCUUCCUGCUGCUGUAAACCCUGCUGCCAGCCUUGUUGUUCCCCAACUUGCUGCCAAACCACCUGCUGCAGGACCACCUGCUGCAAACCAACUUGCAUAACCAGCUGUUGCCAGCCCUCCUGCUGCUGUAAACCCUCCUGCCAGCCUUGCUGUCAAACCACCUGCUGCAGGACCACCUGCUGCAAACCAACUUGUAUAACCAGCUGUUGCCAGCCCUCCUGCUGCUGUAAACCCUCCUGCCAGCCUUGCUGUCAAACCACCUGCUGCAGGACAACCUGCUGUAAACCAACUUGCAUAACCAGCUGCUGCCAGCCUUGUUGUCCCACAGCUUGCUGCCAGCCCGCCUGCUUCUGUAAACCCUGCUGCCAGCCUUGUUGUCCCCCAACUUGCUGCCAAACCACCUGCUGCAGGACCACUUGCUGCAAACCAACUUGCAUAACCAGCUGCUGCCAACCCUGUUGCCAGCCCAGUUGUUGUGAGUCCAGCUGCUGACAACCCUGCUGAUAACCAGCUGUUGCCAGCCAUCCUGCUAUUAGACCACUUGCUACUGCCCUUGUUAUGAGUCUAGCUGCAAUCAGUCUUCUUGCUGUUGUUCAGUUUGCCAAAUAGCCACCAUCAGAACAGACACUGGUCUGCCCUUCUGGAGAGAAUUUUACUUCCAAACAUUGCUGAAAACCAAGAUAUUUGUGUUAUAUGCACUUCUGUUUAUAUAAAAUUGUGUGAGCCACUUUGAUGGAGUGAGGAGUACUUACCUCGGUUUCUUCUUGUUGUUUCUACACAUCAUGUGACAACUUUAUACAUGAUAUGGAUUCAUGGUUUCUUUUUGAGUCAUAAUUAGAUAUCUUUAUAUUAUUCCCUUGAGUAACUUAGCAAAACAAGUCUUCAAAACUUUUAUAUAGGCUUCUGCAACUAUUAAAUAAUCUUCAUAGUCAUGGUUUCUUUUUCAAGAUAUUGAUGCUUCUUGUAUUCUGCUUUCUUCUUUUUAUGAUCACUUUGCCUUGUCUCUACAUGUAGAGGAUCUUAGCUAUAUAUCUUAAUAAAGACUAUACCAAUGCUUAUCUUA